AUGGAGAGGUUACCAGUAUUCCUCCGGUCCAAGUCGAACUCCAUGUCAUCAGUGACCUCGACCAGCUCCUUCUCAAGUACACACAAGGGCGAGUGGUUACCGGCACCGGCACAAUCGCGGCAAAAGGUGCGGUUAAGGACCCUCCUUGGUCAUUGUUUGUACAGGAGAGUUAUACUAUGGACGCUGGCUGUCAUAUCAUUCGGCUUCUGGAUCUUUUUUACCAAGAAGGGCGGUUCGUUAGACCUGGCCCAGUUCAAAACAGAUGCUUCUGAGGGAACAAAAGAGCAAAGCAGCGGGGACAAAGAAGAGAGAGAGCCGUUACACUGGCUCAAGUACAAACACCUUGAUGGAUACUACCGUGGCCUGAGGACAUUGGUCCCAAUGUCAGAACACAAACCUGAGUUCCCAUUCGUGCCUGGCCGUCAACCGGCAACCACUACGGUGACGUCUGCCCAUAUGCCGACGCCCACCGUCUUUGUACCGCAGCCGGACUACGAGUCCAAAGAGUACAAGGCAACGUACCACCCGGUGCAGACGUGCUAUAUCGACGAACAAAAACAGGUGCCCGCCCCGGAUUUGUACGCAUACAACGGUGUACCGCAGGGGAUGCCGGACCCGGCAAUCGGAUCGCACUCCCUGCUCGGCAUACGCGACGAUGUUUGCUUCGAUAGGUUCUCGCGUUACGGGCCGUAUGGGCUUGGCUACUCCGAGGAGGAGGGCGGUUUGGGGGAGGGAACCGACACCGAGAGUGAUGGCUCCGAGACGGUCUGGUCCAAGACUGGCAAGAUCGACUACCGCAAUGUGGACUGGGGUCGGGCGCAGGAACAGUGUGUCACGGACAACCGGAAGCGGUUCGACGUCAACGCCGGGCGCGAGCGCAAGAAGGUCGACCGCAUCGCCGUCGUGGUUCGCACCUAUGUAGGAUUCGAGUGGACAAAGCACGCCAUCAUCAACUUCCGGGCCAUGGUCUCGGAGCUCUCGCUGCGGUCGGGCGGCGAGUACACGGUGCAUUUCCUUCUCCACGUCAAAGAUAACAGCCUUCCCAUCUGGGCCGACGCCGAGACCCGGCAGCAGGUGCUGGAUGAGAGUAUGCCGCGCGAGUUCCACUCCAUGUGCACGCUCUGGUCAGAGGCACAAAUGGAGCUGCUGUACUCGGGCGGUUGGGGCGAGGCUGUCGAAAACCAAUCCGGGCAGUCGAUACACGGUGUUUACCGGUCGGCACACUUCCCACUGCAGCACUUUGCCAUGACGCACCCCGAGUAUGAGUACAUCUGGAACUGGGAGCUGGACAUGCGCUACCUCGGCAACUACUACGAGCUGUUCGAUCGCCUAGGCAGCUGGGCCCGGGACCAAACACGUAACCACCUGUGGGAACGGUCGGCCAAGUACUAUAUUCCCGCCGUGCACGGCGACUGGGCCAACUUCACCGAGCUGGUAGUCCAGACGACGCGAGACGCCGGCAAGAGGCCAAUCAUGGGUCCUGUCUACUUCCCCGGUCGGACCCAGAUCAGAGCCGAGGAGCGUUCUGAGACCUUCAUGCCGGCGUCUUGUUUCACCUCUCCGGGCGACGGGUCCCCGGGAGUGGCGGCUGACGACAGCGUCAGGUGCGGCGUGGGCGAGGAGGCCGACCUCAUCACACUUAACCCCCUCUUCGACGCCGAGGCGAGCGGAUGGGUGUUCGCCUCAGAUGUGACCGGGUGGGACCUGACUCUGCCGACGCCGCCGCGGCGUUGCGCCAUCGUGACAGCAAGUCGGCUGUCGAGACGGCUGCUCGAGGUGAUGCACGAGGAGACGUGGCGCUACCACCACAGCAUGUUCAGCGAGAUGUUCCCGGCGGCCAUGGCGCUGCACCACGGACUCAAGGCGGCCUAUGCGCCGCACCCCGUACUGUUGGACCGCGGGUGGGAGAUGGAGGCCGUCGACAAGCACUUCAACGGCGGUUACGACCACUCAACGAGCGGUCACGGCAGCCCGUUUGACUUCCAGAACGAGCACAACCACAAGGGCACCAGCUGGUACUACAACAGCGAAUUCGCGGGCCUGCUGUGGAGGCGCUGGCUUGGCUACGCCCAGAUGGACGGCCGCGGCGAGGACGGCGGGCGUGCGGGCGAGGGGACUCUGAGGGGCGGCAAAAACGAGGAGGAGAGCCCGUGGUCUACGGGAAGAUUGUGCUUGAGGAGCAUGCUGGUGCACCCCAUCAAGUGGGAGAAGCCAAAUGAUGGAUAA